CUCCCGUCAGCCUUUGCGAAAGUCGCGGUCAAACCGUUGCACGUCGUAACAACGAAGAGUGUGUAAAGCGGCGUGACAUUAAAUAUUCUUGAUCCCAGACUGUUUCGGGCCUUAAAUACCCUCGUUGCAUUUUGGUGACCAUGGCAUCAGAAGAUGUGGCACAGCUGGCUGACUCCCUGGCCAAAACGCAGGUCAGAGAGGGAGAGCUGAGCUACAAAGGCCGGGGGCUGAAGUUUGACAAUGCAAAGUCUGUGGAGGCCCUGGUGCGUGAGGUGGAGGAGUUUCAGGGGUUGCGGGCCUUGAGGCUGGAGGGGAACACAUUUGGAGUGGAAGCGGCUAAGGCGAUUGCUAAAUCUCUGGAGAAAAAAGGGGAGUUUGAGUGCUGUUACUGGAGUGACAUGUUCACAGGGCGGCUGCGAUCGGAAAUUCCCCCAGCCUUGACCUCCCUAGGAGGAGCCUUGAUGACAGCGGGUGCUCGCUUGAAGGUGCUGGACCUCAGUGACAAUGCCUUUGGUCCUGAUGGGGUGAAAGGAAUAGAUACACUGCUCAGGAGCACCGCCUGUCACACCUUGCAGGAGCUGCAUCUCAACAACUGUGGCAUGGGCAUUGGCGGAGGGAAGAUCCUAGCUGCAGCCCUGAUGGAGUGUUACAAACAGUCCAGCGCACUGGGCUCCCCGCUCACACUGAAGGUUUUCAUCGCCGGAAGGAACCGGCUCGAGAAUGAUGGGGCUACUGCUCUCGCUCAAGCUUUUCAAAUGAUGGGAAGCCUGGAGGAGGUGCACAUGCCCCAGAAUGGCAUCAACCACCCUGGGGUGACGGCGCUUGCCAAAGCCAUGCAGUCCAACCAGAAGCUGCGUGUCCUCAACCUUAACGACAACACAUUCACUAAGAAGGGAGCCAUUGCCAUGGCUCAGACUUUAAAGGGACUCCACAGUGUCCAAGUGAUCAAUUUCGGCGACUGCUUGGUGCGUUCUGAGGGUGCGGCCGCCAUUGCGGACGCGCUGAUGUUGGGCCUGCCCAUCCUCAAGGAGCUCAACCUAUCCUUCGGUGAGAUCAAAGAAGAGGCAGCACUAAUGGUGGCUAAGGCUGUGAGGAAUAAAGCCCAUCUGGAGAAGCUGGACCUCAACGGCAACUAUCUGGGGGUGGAUGGCUGUAAAAUGCUGAAGCAGAUCAUGGAUGACAUGAAGAUUGGGAACCUGCUGGGUUCGCUCAGUGAUGAUGAAGGAGAGCUGGAAGAUGAGGAGGAGGAUGACGAAGAGGAGGAAGAAGAUGAGGAUGAAGAAGAUAAGGAUGGUGAAGAUGAAGAGGAGGAAGAGGAGGAGGAAGAAGAGGAUGAAGAAGACAAUAGAUUGAAAGCUGACCAGGAUGUGGAGGCUGAGGAGACCCCAGCCAAGCCCCAGAACACUGUGUCCACCCCGGUGUCGUCCACUCGGCCCCCCGACGUCACUUCUUUCCUCAGCUUCCCCUCCCCCGACAAGCUGCUCAAACUGGGGGCCAAACGGGCGCUGCUCAUUGAACAGCAGGUAGAUAUGCUGGAUGCGGGGAAGACGGUGGAGGCAUUCCUGAAAAUCUCUUCCGUAUACAAAGAGGAGCAUGAGGUCAAGAAGGCUGUGCUGGACACUGUUGAUGCUGUGCUGAGGAAAGCCUUCUCACACCCCAUCAUCCAGAGUUACAGCUUCAUCUCAGCUCUCCUAGUCAUGCUAGGCCUAAUCAAGAGUGAGGAGAAGAUAAAGCCGGUGAAGGUGGUACCCGGUCAUCUGCUGGCCCUGGAUCACGCUGUGCAGCAGGACUAUUUUCCUCGGGAGCAUGUUGCCGUGCUGCAUGCCUUCAUGUCCCGCCGCAGCAAAUCUCUGGAGUCCUGCAGCAGCGCCAGAAACUCUCUCAUGUCCACGCUGGAGCGACUGAGGCCCAAAUGUUGACCAUUAUGUCUCCAGCUCUGUCUAGAAGGCGUGCUUCGACAGACAGACUGCAUCACCCUGUGCACCCUUUACUGUGUUGGCUCUUCCCAGUGUCCUGCCCACUGGAUCGUUACACUGACGUAAAGGAUGACGAUGCUCCACAGACAAACUCAUUGUGUGGCAUAAAUGGACACACACACACAGAGACUGACGCACCCAUGACCAAUCGGGCUUCACUCUCUGAUCUACGGCAGACCCCUGAGGACAAAAAGAACUGGAAAUAUUUCUUUAAACUUGAUAGGACCGUUUUAUGCAACAGGUCAACAAUAAAUUUCCCCCCUUUUGUUACGUGUAAAUAUCUUGAAAAAAGAGGUAAAGGUUUAUAAAUUGGUGAUAAAGGCAUGGUGUCCUGCUACUUAUGCCUGUGAAUUAACAAUAUUCAUUCCAAGGCAUUCAUUUAAAAAAUGUAUAUCUCCAAACAAGGGAGAUUUGUUGAAUGUUAAUGAGCACAUUGGAUAUUUUUUAAAUAGUUGUUAUCGCUUUGUGAGUGAUGCAGGUUGUAAAACACACAAUCAAGACUUUAAUUCUCACAUUUUGUGCCCCUUUUUCUUGUGCCUAUGACCGAUUGUUAAGCUGAUUUGUGAUGUGGGGGCAGUCACGAUGUAUCAGGUAGACUAACGGACACGGCCUCGUUGCGGGGUGCCUUGCAGAUCUGCUUUAACGGCAUCGGAAUAAAACCAUGACGCGGGUAA